CAUGAUGGGAGGGGGAAAGCCGGCUCCAAGGAAACCAGUGUGCGGAUUGAGGGACUAGUGAAUCAGUAUUGUGUGCAGCACAGUGUGGAGAGAGGCAUCAUGUGUCCGGCAGCCUGAGAACUGAUGCUGUGUGUGGGAAGCGUGGACUGAGCAGGGACAGGGCAUUGCUAUUAGCCCCACAGCUGCUUGCCGGAACAAAGCAGCCUCUUGUACUGCUGCCAAGUAGCAUCCCUACUGCCUGCAAGGCUGAGCCAAGGGGGACAGAUUCUCCUGUCACACACACACACUUUAUUCAUUCAGCCUGUCACAAAUCCUCUUUUUUUAUUUCUGGGGCUGGAAAGAAGCUCCGGCUAAAGUUUGGCUAUGGCUUUGAUCAUGGAACCAGUGAGUAAAUGGACUCCGAGUCAAGUGGUGGACUGGAUGAAGGGUCUGGAUGAUUGUCUGCAACAGUACAUAAAGAACUUUGAGCGAGAAAAGAUUGCAGGGGACCAGUUGUUGCGCAUUACACAUCAAGAGCUUGAAGAAUUAGGAGUCACACGGAUUGGACACCAGGAACUUAUUUUGGAAGCUGUAGAUUUACUUUGUGCACUGAAUUAUGGAUUGGAAACGGAGAACCUGAAAACACUUUCCCACAAAUUAAAUUCAUCUGCAAAAAAUUUGCAGAAUUUUAUAACGGGGAGGAGGAGAAGUGGCCACUAUGAUGGGAAAAGUAGCAGAAAGUUACCGAAUGACUUCUUAACCUCAGUUGUGGAUCUCAUUGGAUCAGCAAAGAGCCUCCUCGCUUGGUUGGACAGGUAUUGCCACGCUGAUCAGGAUGACAUUGAUAACCUUAAAAAAAGAUGGAUAGGGCAUAAACUGGAUAAAUCACCAUUUGCUGCCGUGACAGAUUACUCAGUCACAAGAAAUAAUGUAAUUCAGCUGUGCUUGGAAUUAACAACAAUUGUUCAGCAGGAAUGUACAGUGUAUGAAACAGAAAACAAGAUUCUUCAUGUGUGCAAAACCCUCUCCAGUGUCUGUGAUCACAUCAUCUCUCUCUCCUCUGACCCACUGGUUUCACAGUCAGCUCAUCUGGAAGUCAUCCAACUCUCCAACAUCAAGCCAAGCGAAGGACUGGGUAUGUACAUCAAAUCCACCUAUGAUGGACUUCAUGUGAUUACUGGGACUACAGAAAAUUCACCUGCUGAUCGAUGCAAGAAAAUCCAUGCCGGUGAUGAAGUAAUCCAAGUCAACCAUCAAACUGUGGUGGGGUGGCAGUUGAAAAAUUUGGUGAAUGCACUACGAGAGGACCCGAGUGGUGUUAUCUUAACUUUGAAAAAGCGACCUCAGAGCAUGCUUACCUCAGCACCAGCUUUACUGAAAAAUAUGAGAUGGAAGCCUCUUGCUCUGCAGUGGUAUGAUGAGGAAAUGAAAACUUAUUCCUGGACACGUAUAUCACCCCUCAUUCCAAGGAGUCCUACGAGUGGUGUUGUCACUCCAUCAAGCACAAUCAGCACACCUACAAAGAGAGACAGUUCAGCACUUCAGGACCUCUUUAUUCCUCCCCCACCCGCAGAGCCUUACAUACCCAGAGAUGAGAAGGGAAACCUACCUUGCGAGGAUCUGCCUAGACAUAUUGUUGGCAAACCUGUUUCAAAGGGAUCAGAAUCUCCAAACUCCUUUCUAGACCAGGAGUACAGAAAGCAUUUCAACGUGGUGGAAGAAGAUGCAAUUUUGUAUUGCUAUGAGUAUGACAAAGGAAGAUCUGGCAUGCAAGGUCGGAGGGAAAGUACACCAACAUAUGGAAAGCUGCGUCCAAUUUCUAUGCCUGUGGAAUAUAAUUGGGUUGGGGAUUAUGAAGAUCCCAACAAGCUGAAGAGAGACAGCAGAAGAGAAAGUUCAUUGCUCCGUUAUAUUAGCAAUGACAAAGUAGUCCAAGAGGAAUACAUGCUUCAGAGGAGCACCAAAAAAGAUACUGGAAAAAAAUCUAAAAAGAAAGGAGAGAGGAAUACAAGUCCAAGCCAUUAUGCCCUAAUCCCUGCUGUACAGAUGGAUUCACUUUGCCAUGAUGUGGUGAGCCCAUCCGUGUCGGACGCUGCAGCAUAUCAUACAUUUCAGCAAUCUUCAUUACAGCAUAAAUCAAAGAAAAGGAAUAAAGGUCCUGUUCCUGGCAAAAGUAAAAGGCGAAUAUCAUGUAAGGACCUUGGCCGUGGCGAUUGUGAAGGAUGGCUAUGGAAGAAAAAAGAUGCCAAGAGCUAUUUCUCCCAGAAGUGGAAAAAGUACUGGUUUGUUUUAAAGGACACAUCUCUUUACUGGUACACAAAUGAGGAGGAAGAGAAAGCUGAAGGCUUCAUCAGUCUGCCUGAAUUUAAAAUCGAUCGAGCCAGUGAAUGCCGUAAAAAAUUUGCAUUUAAAGCCUGUCAUCCAAAGAUCAAGAGCUUCUACUUUGCUGCUGACAACUUAGAUGAUAUGAACAGGUGGCUUAGUAGAGUGAACCUAGCAGUGUCUAGCUAUGCAGAGCGAGAGCGGAUUAAACAGGAUCAAGGCAGCAUUAAUUAUUGGAGUGAGAGUGAUCAGGAAGAAGUUGAUACACCGUCAACACCAAAACAAGAUAGCCCACCACCACCAUAUGAUACAUACCCAAGGCCUGCCUCAAUGAGUUGUGCCAGCCCAUUUGUGGAGCCAAAACACAGGCUAUCUUCCACAGAAACCUCACAAUCCCAUUCCUCGCAUGAAGAAUUUCGACAGGAAGCAGCAGGUAGUACUACUGAUUCUCCAGUCAGAAAAACGGCCAGUCAAAGGCGUUCCUGGCAGGAUUUAAUUGAGACACCGCUAACUAGCUCAGGACUUCAUUAUCUUCAGACUCUUCCUCUAGAGGACUCUGUAUUUUUGGAACCAGCUGUGGUUACCCCUGAUCACAGACGUCAGUCAACCCUUCCGGCUCAAAAGUGCCAUAUUCAAGAUCAUUAUGGUCCUUUUUCUUUGGCAGAGGGUAAACAAUCGCGAGCACAAAGUGGUAGUGGGGCAAAACCACGUAGUUUUACACUCCCACGAGAUGGAGGUUUGAGCCACUGUGCUCCAUUGUCGCCAGUGAGUAUUUUGGAGCCACUUGAAUCCUCACCGAAACAAAAAACACAAGGAAAAGCAAAGCCUAAUCAACCAGAGAAAGCUGAAGAUGCAACAGAAACUGUAGACGAGAAGCCAGCAGACUCAUUACAAGAUCUCUACAGGGCCCUGGAGCAGGCCAGUUUGUCCCCACUCGGAGAUCGGCGUCUUUCAACCAAAGUGGAGUACAAGAAGUCUUUUAUUAAAAGAUGUAGUGAUCCAGUAGUCAAUGACAAACUCCACAGACUGCGAAUUUUGAAAAGCACUUUAAAGGCCAAAGAAGGAGAAGUAGCUAUUAUUGACAAACUUCUGGAAAAACCAGAUUUUACGUCAAAAGACUUUCAGGAGUGGAAGAACUUGUACCUUGAGCUUUUUUUGGACAUCUGUCAAAAGAGUAACUCAAAGGACGUGGAGAGCGUCUCUUCAGAAGUAGAUGCACUUAUACAGUCUCUAGCGCACAUGCACUCCUAUAUCGAAACGCAUGUAUAAUCGUCUUUAUCCUUUGGAUGCCCUUCACCCUGAAGAAAUGGAGUUUUCUAUUAAUAUAUGGAAAGCCUGGUAAAUUAUAUUUUAAUGUCGCUGAUCUAUGUGGAUGUAACUCUUAUAUGACCCCAAUGCCAUCCUCUUGGAUUGGCAUUGUCUCUUUUCUAUGCUGGUAGUGCUUAGCUUUAUGUUAGUCCCCUGAUUUGGUCAGUAAAGUGUAAAGAAAUGAUUUAUUAAACCAUAUGAUGGAAGCCAUUUUCUCAAGGCUUCGUCUCUUGGCAAAGUUUUCUACGAACAGAUUUACAUUUUUUUCUGGGUAAACGGGAUCUUGGCGACCAUGAAAAAUACAUUUUGUAGUAUUCUUGAAACAUUUAAAAAAAAAAACACAGGUAUCUAAGUAUAUAAAUGCUGCAGUUAUAUUUUUGAUGAUGUACAAAAGAUUAAAGAAGUUUAUUUAAAAAAACACACAAAAAACAAGAAAUGGAAAUAUUGCAAGACAAAUGCACCAUCCUUAUCCUCCUUUACAUUCUUGUUAAUUUCAGCCAGGAAGGGUAAAGUUUAUGUAAUUUGUAUCCAAGUGCCAAUCAUAAGUACAUGUGAACAGACCUAAUAUGAUGAGAUGUCAGCAUGGAGAAUGAAUUGCAUGUUGUCAUCUAUUAUUAUAUGUCCUCUCCUAGACGUGUCUUGGAAGGCUUACAACACGAAAGCUCUUCUGUUAAAGAACUAGAAAUUUUGUUCUCAAAUAAUUUGUUUAUUUCUCUCUUAAAUUUAAACACAACCCUGUGCACAACAAGAAGAAAGAAUACAUAUAAUUACAUAUGGCAGGCCCUAACGGAAGAAGUACUUAUAAAACAAAACAUUUUUGUUGUAUUCAUAAUUUUGAGAAAAUAUCUGAUUUUAGAAAGGAACCUGAAUUCAUACAAACAACUAGCACUUACUGUACAUGAAAGGGCACAUAAUCCAUAUCCAUAGGGGUGGGGAGUCUAUAGAUACCCUGACCCUCUAAUGUCCAUAAUUACUAUUAAUCUAUGAUUCACAUAUUUUAAGAAAGAAGCUGAAAUAUUACACACUCACAGACUUGGUAUGAACAUAAUCUCAGACUCCAUGGGGCAGAUUUACUAAAGGGUGAAGUGGCCGUCGCUAGCGACAAUUCGCCAGAAAUCCAAUCCGUAGAGAACAAUUUUCUUGAGAAAGAGACCAUCACUAGUGUACUUUCACACCCGCUAGUCGACUCCGCAAAUUCACUUAUGUGCGAAUUUUGCUCUCUUUCGCCAGAGUUUCCUUUGCCACCUUAGACCAGGGCGAA